AGGCAUAGACCUAAUAUGUAUGUACCUGGGUUCUUAGGCAAAAAUCACAGCUAUAUUUGUAUAUAGACAUGGAAAGUUGUGUUUCCAGUAAUCAUCUUUGCUCGAAUGGUGUGAAAAUGCAGUAUCUUUUAUCUUAUGCCUUGUCUGAUUGUGGUCAAAUUUACAGAGUACAUGCAAAGUGGUAGGGCAACAGAAAAAAUAGAUGUAUACAGCUUCGGAGUCUUGGUGCUGGAAGUUUUGAGUGGGAAACGACCCACUGAUUCAUCAUUCAUUGAGAAAGACUUGAAUAUUCUAGGAUGGAUGGCUGCAGUCCGUGCAUGGUUAUUGAUGGCAUUACUCGCAAGCAUUUGCUUGGUGAAAGAAAAUAAUGCAGAAGAUAUUGGUUACGGCACUAUUGGAAAAGGUGGUGGUGAAGUUCAUUGUGGAGUUGGACAUAAGGGGAAUUGUCGUCCUCAUGAAGCAGCGCCUUACCAUAGACCUUGCGAGAAAAAGGAUGGGUGUAGAGGAGAUCCACCGAACACGGAAAAGAUAGUUGAACAUGAUGGAAAUUUGCCGAAGCCCAAAGCAGGGAAGAGAAUUAAAGAUGCUGAACAGUUGCUUCACUCACUUGGGCCAACUCCCAUGUGAGUUUGUCAAAGUAUGCAAGAGAAGGAGAUAAAUCUCUUUCCUCGUUAAAAAAGAGAAGAAGAUCGAUGAUUCUCGCACUUUGUCGAGUUAUGUUAUAUCUAUUUGUUGCGUGAUGUGUGUAGUACGUGUUGCUGGGUCAUUUUGUUUACAUUCUCUAAGCUCCUUCUAGGGAAGAUGAUGGCCCUACUGAAUUUCUUAAGCUUAAUUAGCCAAAUUUCUCGCAUUAUGGAGGAACUUGGUUUGGGUCAUGUUAAUAGAGUGUUUCUUUUUAUCAAUUAUGUAAUACUACCUUGAUCCACAAUAAAGUACUGCUUCCUCGCAGAGGCAGCUUAUUUCUUUA